AUGUCGACAUGUUUCCAACCUUUUGAUGUCCCUCCCACUGCACGCGGAGACGGAGACAAGGGCGGCUUCAUCAGCUUCUUUGGCAAGAAAUCCAAAGGCAUUCAGGAAAUUCAGAGCCUGCCAUCGCUCAAGAAGUCACCGCCUCCUGCAGGAGAGAGUGUCUUCUCAAACGCAUCUCAAUACGACAGUGCCAUUUCGGAAGCAAGCUAUGAGGACUCUCCCUAUGGCAGCAAUGUCUUACUCGAACCUGUUGAGCGAGGAUCCCGAACAGGGAGUAGGCAGAGCGAUCAUGCUGCGAAAGCUGCGCAAGGCACCCAGGGCCCAUUUGCACGUGCGUUGGCUAAGAUGGAGAACGCCGGAGCGCGCAUCGUUGCUACGCGCCUGAGCGAAGAGUGGGAAGGCCUAGAAGACGACGAGAGCUAUCAAGAGGUCAUCUUCGAGAAGCGACUGUGGGCUCUGACUGCGUAUCAACGCCUUACGCAAAACAAACAGUUGCAGUCGCCAGCACACGAAUUGCUUAGCAACAGCCGUCCAGCAGACCAGAGACGAAUACUUCAUCUCCACGGCUCUUUAGCGUCUCGACCGCUCUUGCGCAAUGAAGAGUGGGCGCGAUGUUUCUUCGAUUGCAUGCGCACGCUGAAGCCGGGUGGCCAGUUGGACAUUCUCACACUUGACUGUCACAUGAGCUGCGAAGGCCCGAAACUGUCAGCUUGGGUGGACGAUCACAUCUCAACUCGACUAGAGGAGGAAGGCCUGAGCAUGCAAGCCUCCGACACUGUGUUGGACACCAUGGAGAUUGACUUACAUGGCAAGUUUCUGCACGCACGGCAGGGCGAGGAGUGGUUCUGGUCACGCAAAGACCUUCGAGAGGAGUGCGAGCGCCACAAGACAAAGAUGGUGCUUACCAUUGCUUGUGCCACCAAGCCCAAGGCGUCUCCUGGCGAGAGCUAUCUUGACAUCUAG